CAUAUAUUCAGGGAAAAAAACAUAAUGUAAGCACAAAGAACUCAAAACUUACUCAGAAUUUUACCCCCACAGGGAUAACAUUUCUUAAUAUCUUCAAAUAUUUUCUUCCUAAAACACAGUUGAAAUUAAUUUUAAAUAAAUACUCAUAACAUUUGGGAAAAAGUUCUUGAUAUACUAAAACUCCUAGAGCAGUUAUUCAAUUUUUGUUACUAAAUGAGCCACGCCCCCAAACCCUGCCCCUCUGGCCUUUCUUCUUCCUCCCCUCCCUUCCACUCCUGUGCUGUAGAUGAGCCCAGGGCCUUCUACAUGCCAGGCAAGGGCUUUGCCUCUGAGGCAGGUUUCCAGCUCUAGCCCAAACUUUCUGAUCAGAAUGUGUGGUGUCAUUUAGGCUCCAUCUCUGGAACAGGAAGAAGAGAACUGAGCGGAUUUUUCUUGAGCUCCAUUGUUAUUUAAAAAACAAAGUAGUUUUCAGUCUUAAUUUUACAAAGCUCUAUUUAGAUUUUUUUUAAAAAAAAACUAGUUCACCAGGGAAAUUUGCAUCAUUUAAGGGAAUUUUUAUUUUAUUUUUAAUUUUUAUUUGUUUAUAUAUUUUAUGUAUGGAAGUACUCGGCUGCCUGUACAGCUACAUAUCAGAAGUGAACAUCAGACCCCAUAUAGAUGGUCGUGAGCCACCAUGUGGGUGCCCAGGGCCUCUGGAAGAGCAGCCAGUACUCUUAAUUGCUGAGCCAUCUCUCCAGUCUUUAAGAGUAGAUGAAUAAAUAUUUUUAUUUCUCUCGAGCUGUUUCUAUGAUCAAAAAGCAUAAAAAGGCAAUUUAGCUUUGAUGUAACGCAUUAAAAAUGCGGGACUUCACACAAUAAGCAGAAUUUUGAGGUAGUAAAUUUUUGUUAAGAGUAACUAGGAUCCAAAAGUGAAUAAUUGAAAUGACACGUCUAAAGAAAUUAAAUUGCAUAAAAAUUUCAGAAAAUUACAAUAGGUGUAUUCUCUCCUAAAAUCACUUUUUUUUUAUAUUUAACAUUCGAUCUGAGCAUGUAUUAAGGUGGAUCUUAUACGAGUUAGACAUCAGCCUGGGCUAGCAGAGAUCGUUUCAAAUGUGGGGGUGGGGAGAGGAAAGUAAGUUUUGAGAUUCGACUAGUAUUUCAGAUCUCCGUCUUUGUCCAUGAUGUAGUCACUAUGUCAUCUCGAUAUGCUCUUGAAGCUUGGCAAUGUGUUUAUAGAAGCCUAUGAAGACUAGUGGGGCAUCCAUAUGUCUAUAGUGUAUUUCCAUAGGUUUACGUGGCUUGUUUGGUUAAUUAUUGUUGGAGCUAGAGGAUUAUAGAUGUUCAGGGUAACGAUGGUGAAUUUAUCAGAAGAGAACAGAGCAACUGACCAAUGAUGAUCAGAUAGGACAAGUGCCUGUAGAUGACAGUCCUGAGAUAGCGCUGUGAAAUCUGUCCUAUCUGAACUGACCCUAUAGAUAUCUGCCUAUAACCAUCACAUGCCCACACAGUUAUGAGAUGAGCGCUAUGAGUACACGAAGCAGCUAUGGAGCAAAGCAAAAACAACCAGGGGCUAUGCGGGUUGUGAAAUAUCUGUGAGGAAACAGGUGUGGCCAUGGCACUGCUGCCCUGGAAUGCUGAUACUCUUAGGCAGAACAAGGGGGACAACCUGCUCGGUCUUCCUGGCUACUUUUCUGACCAUGUAGCUGGUAGAGGUUUUCUCUGUGGUUCUUCCCAGACUGGGGGGCUUUCAGAAAUAAUUGAAUUGUUCCAUUUCUAUAAAUGAAGAAGUGAGCUUCAGUGAGCUUGGCUAGCUCAGUUAGCUGAAGACAGCUCCCCUUGCUAUAAAAGAACUUCAGGUUCAAAUAAAUAGGAUUUCAGUUCUAUUGCUUUCCAUGUUGAAUAUAAAUACAGAUGUGGUGUGAAAUUAUGUGUGCAUUUUCUGGCCUAAAUCAGCAGCAGAUGGUCCCUGUGUGCAUACAAUAUUAGGUCAAAUAUGUAAGCUUUAUUGAUAGGCAAUUCUCACAAACUGCCCUAUGUCAUUAAUGGUGGACUUUCCAAGUGACUCCGUUUAUGUAGAAUUUACCUCUUUCCAAAAAUAGGACGUGUGACUGCUUUCUUUUUGUAAAUUAUAUAGCUUGUGUGUACCUCUGCUUAUUUAGUUUUAUCCCAGGUAAUUCUAUCUUGUUGAUACAGCAGGUGAGAAAGCACAGUUUAUUGACUUGGCAAUUUGGGAUACAUACAUAUACAUAUACAUAUACAUAUACAUAUACAUAUACAUACACAUACACAUAUACAUAUACAUAUACAUAUACAUAUACAUAUACAUAUACACAUACACGCGUAAAAUCCCCCAAACAGUCCAGUCCUAUUUAAACAUCCUGACUACAGAGGGGCCCACGAUGCAGAUGGAUUGCUAGUGUACCCGUUCUUAUUACGUGGAAAUCGAAUCCAGGGCCUUGGACAUGCUAGGCAGGAGCUACACUCUGACUGCUUGCGGUCCUUCAAGAGUGUUCUCUAGGGGUUUGGGAAGAGGCUGCUCUGAGACAUCACGCCUCUUCCACACAUGUGCCUCCUACCCGGUUUGGCUAGCACCUGCAGCCUCAAACCAGAACAGGGCGGAGCUCGACUUUGGCCGUGUCAGACGUGGCAGAAAAAAAAAAAAAAAAAAAAAAAAACCCAUCAGUUGCCCUUUCAUCCCCUUCUCGAUAAAGCAAACCAUGCCGAUCUUUUGCAUAGCGUCUGGGCAUAUAAAGCAGAAUUCACCAUUGGAAAAGGGUUUUGGUUACGUGGCGAGCCGGGACGCUGACCGCCGCGGGGGCGGACUCACAUACUUCUCCCCACUCGUGAGGUCUGUGACUUGCUGGGAAAGCCCGCGAACCGCACACUGCACCCGGGCCGAGGUGUGAGCUCUCAGGGUUCCAUCGCAGUUCCCCGCCGAAGCUCGCGGCUCCGAAUCCCUGCCGCGACCCAAGUUCCAGCGCCGGGAGGUGGGCCCCACGCGCGGCCUGCGGGCCCCGCCCACUCUGGCCUGGGGUCGGAGCCGCGGCGAGCGCCAGCCCAGUCCGAGCGGCCGCGUCCCCUUUAAGGAGCCGCUCUGCGGUAACCCGAGCCCGCAGUCCGGGCGGGCGCGGCGGCAGCGCGAGCCUCGGCGACAGCUCCUUCAGGCUCCCCCGGCUUCCCGCGAGCAUCUCGCGCGUGGCUCGGGCCGGCGCAGCCCUCGGGCCGGCUGGAUGAUCAGGCGCCUGUGAGCCCCGCUGCGCUCUCCCCGCCCCGCGCAGCCGCCGCCCGCGGGAGGCGUCCCGGGACCGGGCACAGGCAAUGGUCUAUGACUUUGGCUUAAAUGAUUCUUAGAAAUUAUCCGACCAACUCUUUCAAUUUAUAGAUGAGAAAACUGAGUCAAAAAGAAACAGGUUGAAGGACGAUGGAGGCCAACACUAACGUGGUCAUCGGCACCGUCUGCUGCAGCUUUGUCACUUUUCAGCUUCUUUUCCAUUUCAUAAGUUGCUGGUUUUCAGCAAGAGUCUCUCUGGGCUAUAACAGUCUCAGCACCGAGAAGAAGAUCGAAUGGAACUCGAGGGUAGUGUCCACGUGCCACUCUAUGCUGGUUGGGAUUUUUGGUUUAUACCUCUUCUUCUUCGAUGAAGCUACUAUAGCUGAUCCACUCUGGGGUGAUCCAUCACUUGUGAAAAUAAAUAUUUCGACUGCUUCAGGCUACCUCAUUUCUGAUUUAUUGAUUAUACUUUUUAAUUGGAAAGUGAUCGGAGACAAAUUUUUUAUAAUUCACCAUUGCGCAGGACUAAUUGCAUACUACUUUGUAUUGAAAAUUGGAGUGCUUGCAUACAUUGCCAAUUUCCGCCUGCUUGCUGAGCUUUCCAGCCCCUUUGUAAACCAGAGAUGGUUCUUUGAAGUCCUGAAGUACCCCAAGUUUUCCAAAGUCAAUGUCAUCAAUGGAAUUCUUAUGACCGUGGUCUUUUUCAUCGUGCGGAUCAUCGCGAUACCUCCAAUGUACUUCUACGUUUACUCCGUGUACGGAACAGAACCCUACAUAAGGCUUGGAUCUGUAGUCCAUUUUGUCUGGAUCUCUUCUUGUAUUGUUUUAGAUGUGAUGAACAUCAUGUGGAUGAUCAAAAUCACAAAAGGAUGCAUGAAAGUCAUCUCUCUCAUCAGACAAGAGAAAGCCAAGGACAGCCUUCAGAAUGGAAAACUCGAUUAAAGGCGGCUUCAUCAGACAGCUGUGUCCACAGACCAUCUUCAUUCCGCUGUCUUGUCUGAUAGGACGAGUUCUGUGCCGGCCGCUGUCAGGCAGUGUUGUUACUGUGGCGCUCUCAGUGUUUUCGUUUCUCCUUUCUUUCCUCUUUAGACAGGAGAAAAUGCAAUUUAGUUCUCAUUUCAGGAUUUCUUCUUUGCUUCUAUAUUUUUAGGCAUGGAUGGAAAUCGAAAGGUUUAAAUAAAAGUUGUAAGUAGAGUGGUAAAACUUUUCUGAACUCUCAGUGUACGUGAAGGGUAGAAAUGGUUUGGUGAUUUGGUGGCCUCUGUCCACCACCCAUUUUGCUGAAGGAAUGAGACCGUGUGUGAGCAGCUGUCCGUUGUGUUCUUUGCUAAUGUCAGUGCCUGUGCAAGGCCUCAUGUCUAAGUUGCCAAGAUGCCCAGGCCACCGGAAAUGACACAGUGUCAUUGGAAUAUGCAGUCAUCUGUUAUGAUGGAGUAUUUCUCAUGUUGAUAAUAUCCUAUUUGAAAAUACUUUAUGCAUUUUAAGAUUUCAGAUGCUGCUUUAUUUCUGUCUUUAGUGCUUUAUCCAAUUAUAUUUUUAAAAUGUUAUAGUGAGGCAAGGUUUAAGACCCAUCUUGUGGCCCAUUUGGUCGAAUGUCUUCUGAAAGUGAAUACCAGUAGAUGACUACUACUUGGGCUGAUAGGAGGACCCCUAAGAACAGGUCCUGAACACUGCGGCCCUCCCCUCUGGUGCCUUGUACUUUCUCCAAUGAGGAUUAUAUUCUUGCAGAAUCUUCCCAACUUCCAAGUCUGACACCAGAACAUCUGGAACGCUUCUGAAAUCAGCCUUGUGUUGUUGCUGAGACUAAAACUGCAGAUAAGGCAGAGUUUGUGCUUUACUCAUAGAUUUUACUCAGGCUUGCUCAGUUUAUCUUUGCUGUUUUUUUUUUUUUUUUCUUAAAGGGAAGGAAGGAAGGAAGGAAGGAAGGUGACUUAACCCAAGUAUUCUGAUUAUCAAAACUGUCAUUCUAUGAGAAAAAAGUAAAUGUGUGCGUGCGUGUGUGUGGGGGUGUUUUUCUUUUUACUUUGAUUCUUGUAAUCCAAAUAUAGAAUUAUAGCUAUUAUUGCUAUUACUUAGCUAUUAUUGCCUUUAUUUAUUUUGUCUUCUGAAGCACUUGACUUUAAUGAUUGUUCUUAAGAAACAGACUUAAUCCAAUUAGUGGUGAAUACUUGAAUUUAACUGAACCUAAACCAAAAGAUCUAAUCCAUUUAGAGUCUCAGACUGAAGGAGAGCGUUUGACUCUCUCAUUAUUCAUCUUAUGACGACGAAAGGAGACUAGUGGAAUGUAAUCAAAACAUUUAAUGUAAUGUAGUGUAAUUUAAUUGUCCAGUACAGAUAGAGUCUGGCAAGUUCUGGUAUGUUUAAAGAUGGGAAUUGAAAUUCCAGUCAAUCAAAUGAUAAAAAUCAAGUUGAUUGUCUUGUGCUUGGUGUGUUUACUUUGAAAGAUAAAGUCACAUAAAAGACAGGCCUUUGUCUUCAAAGCAGCUGAUGUCGCACUGGUAAUGGCUGGCUAAGUUUAUUGCUGUCUCCAUCCUAGACUUGCAAGUGUGUAUUGGUUGUGUAGGAAUGCAAAUGAGUUUAUCGCUUGUGGCUCUUUUACAAGAAAAUGGGCUUUUUUUUUUUUAAAGAGAGAAGACACUUAAAAAACUAUUUUGGAAAUUCACUAAGAAAGGGAUAAACCUCGAGGUAAAUAUUUUUGGCUUUUUGGAUAUUGCUACAAUUCUGAACACAGAUUUUAAACUUGCCAUCAAAAUGAUGGUAGCAUGUAGUUCUGAGUCUUCAUGGAGGCAAUGAGUGUUUCCUGCUUAAAAGGUCAUAUGUAUCAUUGAUCAUUGCUGUUAUCAUCGAUUGAUUAUCAUUGAUCAAUAGAACCGGUUAGUCUGUUCAGAAUACCAAACAUUGAACCAAGAUUUGCCAUUGCCUUUGUUAGCAAUCCUUAUUAGCUGCAGCAUCUGGAGUUCCAACUCUCCACAUCCUUUAUAGAAGGACAAGCAUUGGAAAUAUCCUGCAUACUGCCACUGCAGGCAGCGCCCACCGGGGCUAUAUCUUGCUGUUCUGUGAUCGUAUUUAUUAAAACAAUGACAUUUUCAUUUAUUGAAUGACAAAUUUUUGCUAGAUAUUUUAGAUAUAAGUAUUUUGGCUACGUGGAUUAAUUUAAAUGAGUCUAUUAGGCAUUCUGAUAUUUAACAAGUCUUAAAAUAUUUAUAGAAAAUAAAAGCAAAUUGGUAUAAAUUUUUAAGCAACUCUAUUUUUCUAGAGAAGAUUAGUGACAAUCUGAAUAUGUAGUAUUCUAGAAAACAAACUUUAAAAAAGGAGCAAAAAUAAACUGAUAACAUGCAAGAUCGGGGAUCCUGCAUUCGAUAUUUUAUGUGUGAGACUUAAAAUUUUUCGAGCUUGGGUUCAUAGAAUUCGCAUUCUGUGUCUAAAAUCACUUGAGGGAUUGUUUGCAUUUAUUUGAAAUUCAAAAUGGAGUUAUGCAUGCAUGCAAAGAAAUUAACUCAAAGUACUCUAGUACGUUGGCUUUUUAAAAUAGAAGUGGGUUUUUUUCUGUUUUGUUUCGCUUGUUUUCUGUUAUUUCAUGGACCCGUCAUGUGUUAAGAGGAAUAAUGGUAGAUUUUACCAUCUCUGAGAGUUGCCCUGCUGUACUUUGGAUAAACUGGGUCCUUAAGGUUUGGAAAAUUGCCUCUUUACAGGUAUUUGGAUGGAAUUCUAUCAUAAAUUUUAAUAAUUUGCUUAACACAAAGUUUUGUUCAAGUGUUGGAUUUUUUUAAUUGCUUCCUCUCAGGCCUUGGGCAUUUGGAGACAAGUUCUUUGUGAGGUUUCAGCUUAACUCCUGGUGGCAUUUCUCAGGCACUUGCAAAUGCCUUUGUCACGAAUGCACAAAGGGAAAAGUCUCAUCCUAACACGUUUCCUUCCUUUCAUUUUUAAGAAAAACCAACAUGUCCCACAGGACCCCAUUAACAUACCUGCGUAUGUUUAUUCCUGCACUGCUGUUAGCUCCAAUCUGCAAACAAGCGCUUAACGAUUGGUUCCUAUGCGUUGCCUGGCUUCCAGUGCUUCCGCCGUCUGUGCGGUGGAAAAGCCCACUCGGUUACGGGCACCGGUAAUGUUUCCUGGAAGGUUAUGCAUCUUGCGCUUUGGAUUUCAUCAAAAGGAAACAUUUUACUCGGUUAGAGUAAACAUUUUACUCGGGCAGAGUGUUUCUCAGCAGGUGUGACCCAGCGCACCAGCGGCAAUCUUCCGGUGUGAACAGUCUGGUGUGAAUGCGCGCGCACAUUUCCCAGCCCUACCCGCAGCUGGCUCACCGUAAAGCUACUGAAAGCUAACUCUGGUGCAAAACUCGGAUGAUGUGUGCGGAAAUGAGCAAAUCCCACAGGGCCCGGAGUGGGGGGGAGACAGCAAGACUGGUUUUCCUUCCAGAGAUGUUAGCUCUUCCUCUAUUGGUGGUUUCCUGGCUGAGCUCUCCGGCUCGCUCAUCUCCAAUGCCCCGCAGACCUCAGCAUCCCCUUUCCAUAUGCCAGGGCCUCCCCAUGUCUCCUCCUGAGACACCCCACUCAUCUGGAUGCUUCUCAGUCUCUUGUGGCGGGUUUCAGAGUUUACAAACAGGUUUCCUCAUGGACACAAGCAUUGUAGGAGGUGUAAAUAAAGAUCUGACAAACCACACUUUAUUAAGAGGCGACAGGAAGCCAGUCAGCGUAUAAUAAUACCUGUUUACAACAUGAAACAAAGGCGAUUAUGGUUUUAUUAAGAAACAUCUGUAAGCUCUUUCUUAAACUGGUUUAGCAAUAAGAGUUUUAUAAAGUGUUUCAGCUGGGGAUUUAUUGUAGGUGUGUUUAAUUAUAUAAAUGUUCUUUAUAGACCCCAUGGCAGUACUGAGGUUGCAAAACAGAGCUGUUCUGAUGAAGGUAAGGUCUGGCAUUGUUAUAGAGUUUUCUUCAACAUAAAAGACUUCUGUGGUACUGUUUAUUUAAGACUUCCCAGCUAAUGAGUUAUUUAGUGUUUUCUCGAGUACAACACCCAGGGACUUGAACCCUGGUACCUUUGUGAUCCGAACUUCAACUCCCACCUACUGGAUAGUGUGUCACACUUUGUUUUUUUAUUGCAGUAGACAGCCUCGAAAGACGGGUUUGUUUGCAUGGAAAGCAUUCACAUGUAUCCAUUCUGAACAGCAGUCUUGAUAUUUAUUAGGUCCUACACAUAAGACCAAACCCAGUUAAAACCGUUUCUGAAUCUCAGUUUAUUUGCUCCAUACCUCUCGCUGGAAAUUUCAGUUUUUUUCUUUGCAUUUUUAUGUAAUUCUGCCAUUGGUGUGUGUUAGAAUCAUUUGCUCCUUUUUUGGUUAAUGGAACCUUAAAAAUAUGGCUGUAAAUAAAAAUGUGCCCUGUAGUUUUGUUUGUUGCCUGAAUAGUUUCUGCGGAUUGUGUCUGCUUUUUCCUUAAGGAAUUUUUUGUGUAGAUUAUACUCUUACAAGUAGGAUAAAUUAUGAAGUUUUUGAGUUGUUUGGGUUUGUAAUAACAUUUCAACGUAGAUCUUAUUUGCCGACGCUACUUUCGAACCGCAGGACAUGCACUCGCUAUAGUGAUAUGUACGUUUUUUUCUGAUGCUAUAAUAUAUGAUAUUGUCAAGAUAUGCUUAAUAAUUUCCAUAAGACUGAGUUUUAUUUACAAAACAUAAGACCAGAUAAUUUGUAAACCAGUGUUACUAAGAUGUAUCAGUAAUUAAAAUACAACCUAGGAGCUUUGGUUUGGUGUCUGGUUGUGCUUUGUUUGAAGGGAUAGAAAGUGUCUUUUCGGUACUUUCAUUAAACUUUUGAAAUGUUUGUAUACUUCGUGUGUGAGCCAUUUUGAAGUUUAUGCAAGUUCUAAGCAAUAACCUGCAUGUUCUACCUGGACAGCACCCUUCGUCAGUCUCCUUCAGUAUUCAGAGUGACACAAAUGACUAUUGUGUAACUCCCCUCUCCCAGUGGACACCUUGGGAGUCUCCCUGUUAAAACACUACUGUAAUGUGGUGCAAAACUUUGUAUUUUGUGAAAGAAAAAUAAAGCCACACUUAUUUAGUGCAAA